AUGGUUCGCCUCAUUCCUUAUGGCUUAGCUCUGCUAGGUAUAAACUCUCGUCUGGGUCUGGCAACAGCGAGACAAUUCUUUUUCAACCCGCCUCCCGGAUAUGGAGCCUCAACAAGCUCGUCGUCUGCCUCCUCCGAAGGGAAUGACCAGUUCCUGCUCAAUGGAUAUCAACAUCCAAUGAGUAACUCCUACAAGAAUAUGCCAUAUCAAGAGCCGUACGUUUGGAGCGCGCCGAACGAAGAAGACGUACCAGAACUCGACGCGCUGUCGACAGAGCAUUUUACGCGUGUUGGGCAUCCUCUAUUUCCCCACCAUUCCGUUAGGAUCAAAAAGUCAAAGGGGUGGUGUGAUCCAAACGCCAAUUCGUACACCGGAUACAUAGAUAUUGGUGCCAAGCAUCUUUUCUUUUAUUUUUUCGAGUCACGCAAUCCCUCAUCGGAUCUUGUUCUUUGGACGAAUGGUGGCCCAGGGUGCUCCUCUUCUCUCGGUCUAUUCAUGGAACUCGGACCAUGUGCUAUCCUAUCCAAGGAAGAUAUGGAAGCUCCUAAAUAUAACCCGUACUCAUGGAACAACAACGCCUCUGUCAUCUUCAUUGACCAACCUAUCGGCGUGGGCUUUUCGUAUGCCGACUAUGGGGAACACGUUGGACGUACGGAAGAUGCAGCAAAAGAUGUGGCUGCUUUCGUUGCAAUCUUUAUGGAGAGAUUUGUGAACAAGAGAAAAGGAGCUGAGAACGUCAAGUUCCACUUGGCGGGUGAGAGUUACGGCGGAAGAUAUAUCCCAGUAUUCGCAGGAGAGAUCGUCGACCUUAAUACUCAACUCAGGGCUCACGGAUUGACACCCGUUCCUCUCAACUGUACGGCAGCAGCAGCAACAUGUGGUGCAGAGUUCUUCCAACCAUUCUGGACGUCUGGCCUCAACCCAUAUGAUAUCUCGAAAGUAUGCGAGGGUCCAAUCGAAGAAACGCUCUGUUAUCCUGUUACAAAGUAUAUCGCUAGCUACCUUAACAAACCGGAAACAAGGGAGGCUCUUGGGGUCAGCUCCAAGGUCGAUGUCUUCACUGGUUGCAGUGACGCUGUCCAUGCGGAUUUCGCAACUCAUGCUGAUGAGAUGAGAAUGACGACACCAUAUGUCGAAGGCCUAUUGGAGCGAGGUGUCAAGGUGUUGAUCUACGUAGGAACAUACGACUGGAUCUGUAACCACGUUGGAAACUACCGCUGGACAUCGGCUCUCCAAUGGACUGGACACAAGGAUUUCAAUGCCAAGGAACUGAGAGAGUGGAAGGUGGAUGGAAAGGUUGCAGGAAUGACGAGAAGCGCGCAGGGUCUGACUUUUGCUACCGUGUUUGGUGCAGGACACAUGGUACCGUACGAUAAACCUAAGGAGGCUUUGACGAUGCUCAGUAGAUGGCUAUCUGGUCAAGAUUUGUAA